AUGCCCCAGAGCGAAGUGAUUAUUCUCACAGAUCCAGUUUCUGACCUUUCAGUUCACAGAAAUAGGGGAGUAGGCAUAUGGAAUCAAAAGAACAUGGAUGAAUUCACAUCUAUGAUUGAUAGAAUUGCUCAGCUCUUCCUGAUUUUCCUGGCAUCACUUCUCAUUCUAAGAUCAUGGGUUUGGGAUGGAUGCUUGCCAGCUUUUCCCGUACAAAUUUACCAGGCCUGGCUGCUAUUUCUUUAUAUUGGUUUGGCAUUGCGAGAGAACAUAUUGAGAGUAAAUGGAAGUGAUAUCCGUCCAUGGGUGGAGACGAAGAAGAUUGUGAUGAAGAUAUGGAAGAAGCUUCUGAUGAUCAUGAAGAUGUGGAAGAAGGUUGUGCUGAAGAUGUGGAAGAAGCUGGUUGUGCAAAAGAUGUGUAAGAAAAACAAGGAGAAGAUCAAGAAGAAUAGUUGUGUUUUAUGUUAUCUAGCUAGCUAGUUCUUAGAACUUUUUUUUGUUAUUUUGGGAUGACUCUUUUUUGAGAGAAACUUGUGUUUAAUAUGGUUGUUUUGGAUCAUAUGGUUGUUUUGAAUUUUGAGAGAAACUUUUUGUUGUUAUUUUGGGAUAACUCUUUUUUUGUUAUUACU